AUGUCAGAAAAUUCCAAAUGCCUUGCAGAAAAUGUAGAAGGGUUCCAGCAAUGCGUCAAAGAAAUCCAUAACCAGAUCGAACAAGAUGAAAAUUUCUUCAAAAUAAUAGCCGAAUUUUACGAUAGCAAGAAAUUGAACAUGGAAAAACUGGUUAGCGAGUUAUCACGCAUGCAUGGGGCAUUGGCUGAUCAAACUGUUGAUUUGAUUAAAGAAGUGAGCAAGAACACCCUCAAAAUUACAACGCCUAUCAAAACACAGCAUGUUGAUUCUUCUACUUCAACCUCUACUCAAGUUACUCAAAUGAUUAAAACACCCGAAUUCAUGACACCUGUUGGUUAUGACUUUAUUUUGGACACAAGUGGAGGUGGUUUUCAAAUUUCUACAAGAGAAGGCACAGAAUCUUCCUUCACGUUAUCAUCAAAUUCCAAUCAGUCAGAAUCUUUCAUGUCCAUCAACAAGAAUCUAAACCCACCAGUCAAGAAUGAUGAAUCGAAGGCGAAAGAAAUCAAAGUCCAUGACCCUGAACCUGAGGCGUUACUCAAAAAGAUUUCAACUCUUGAAAAAGAACAGUUCAGCUUGAAGAAAAAGAUUCAGUAUUUACGAGACGAAAAUGCCCUUCUUGAAGCUGAGAAAGCUAACAUGGAUGAGCUUAAACACAUGGUUAGCGAGUCUAAUCGUAAGAUUGAAACAACGGGAAAGGUGUUAGAGGUGUACAGAAAGCAAUUAUUAACAGCAGACGAUGAAACUACAAAGCUGAAAGAAGAGCUUGCUAGAAAAGUUGUAUACCAAACUCAGUUGGUGAAGAAACUUGAAUCAAUUGAGGAAGUUAUAUCGAUGUUAACUGGGAAAUUAGAUGCACAGGAAGCCAGGGAAAGAAAAUUGCAUGAGCAAGUAAAGUUAAGCCUUGCUGGUAUAUCAAAGCGAGAUGAUGUAAUCAAAGAACUGAGUACCCAGAUUGAUCUGCUCAAAAAUUCUCAUGCGACUGAAGAGGAUAAAUGGAAUCCUGCUAUUGAAAUGUUGAAAACAGAACUUAAGGAAAAGUGUGAGUUAGUUGAUGAUCUGAACAAGAAGCAUGAUGCUCUAAAGAUAUGUACAGAUGAACUGAAACUGAAACUGAAAGGUGUGGAAUUGGAUAGCGAGAGGGAAGUGACGUCUGAAGAUGCAGUUUGA